GCCUCCAGCUGCUUUCUGCAGGGUCACUUUGAGCCGAGUUUCCUUGCUAAUGGACACUUCAUGAUUGGAGGACUUUUCCCGAUGCACUACAGGGUGGAGAUGUUAUACUGGAAUUACAUGCACAAACCAACUGCUCCCCAGUGCUUUGGAUUUGACCCUAGGGCUUUCCGAUGGGCCCAGGCCAUGAGAUUUGCAAUAGAAGAAAUCAACAAGAACCAGAACCUGUUGCCAAACUUCACACUGGGGUACAAGAUCUAUGACUCCUGUGAAACUCAUGUAGCAGCACAGUGGGCAGUUCUGGGUGUGCUGAAUGGACCAGAAGAAACUCAGAAUGCCAUGUGCUUUGCUGCAGCUCCACUUCUGGCUGUAAUUGGAGAUUCUGGAUCAUCUCAAUCUGUUGUUGCCUCUAAUACCCUGCAGCCCUUCAGAAUUCCAAUGAUAAGCUACUUUUCUACAUGCUCCUGUCUCAGUGACAGGAAACAAUACCCAACAUUCUUCAGAGUUGUUCCAAGUGAUGAUUUCCAGGUGAAAGCAAUUGCCCAGCUCUUGCAGAGAUUUGGAUGGAAAUGGGUUGGUAUCGUCACUGAAGAUGAUGACUAUGGCAGAUACGCAUUACAAGGACUGUUGAGAGAAUUCAGAAACAUUGGCGUUUGUCUGGCCUACUAUGAAAUGAUACCCAAAGUAUACGACCAGAAAAGAAUCCAUGAAAUUCUCAGAGUGAUGAAGCAAUCCACGGCAAAGGUUGUCAUUAACUUUGCUGGUGAGGGGGAGUUGUACCCCUUGCUAAAGGAAUACAUGGAUUUGAACAUCACCGGUAUUCAGUGGAUUGCCAGUGAAGCCUGGGUUACGGCCUCUGUCUUAGCAAGCAGUUACCCUUUUAUGGUUGGAACCAUUGGCUUUGCCAUCCGCCAAGGAAAAGUUCCUGGUCUCAAAAACUACCUGCUCACUGUGAACCCAUUAAGGUAUCCCAAUCACACCAUGGUGCAGGAGUUGUGGGCAGCUUUAUAUGGUUGCUCUCUAAAUCUCCUCAGCAGCACAAGCCAGAACUCCACCCAACUGCCCACCUGCACAGGUGAGGAACCUAUUCGGGAGCAGCAUUCUGGCUAUCUGAACACCUCCAACCUUCGCGUGACCUACAAUGUGUAUAAAGCUGUGUAUGCCAUCGCUCACUCUCUGCACAACCUCAUUAACUGUGAGCCUGGGAGAGAGCCUUUCCAAAACUCCUCAUGUGCCAAUACUACAAAUAUUUACCCAUGGGAGCUUCAGCAGUAUCUUCAAGAGGUCUCCUUCACUAUUUUACAAGAAAAGGUGAAUUUCAAUGAGAAAGGAGAUGCAAUUUCAUCAUAUGAUCUGAUCAACUGGCAGCGAGGUGCAGCAGGGAAUACUGAUUUUGUCAAAGUGGGGAUGUUUGAUGGCUCAAAGGAUGCUGGGAAGGAACUCUUCAUCCAGGAAGAGGAGAUCGUGUGGACAGGCCACCAGAGUGAGGUGCUGGUGUCUGUGUGCAGUGACAGCUGUACUCCAGGAUCCAGGAAGGCUGUUCGUCGUGGGGAGCCUCUCUGCUGCUUUGACUGUGUACCAUGUGACGAUGGCAAGAUUAGUAAUCAGACAGAUUCAGUAGAUUGCACACCAUGUCCUGAGGAUUACUGGUCCAACACAGCCAGAACAGAAUGCAUACCCAAAGCAGUCGAGUUCCUCACCCACGAUGCAAUGGGGCUGACCCUCACAGUCAUUUCUGUAGUGGGGGCUUGCCUCACCGCCGCCAUCCUGCUGGUGUUCAUCCGCCACAGGAACACUCCAAUCGUUCGGGUCAACAACUCCGAGCUGAGCUUCUUCAUCCUCCUCUCUCUCAUUCUCUGCUUCCUGUGUGCACUUCUGUUCAUCGGAGAGCCUACAGUGUGGUCCUGCAUGCUGCGCCACACUGCCUUCAGCAUCACCUUCUCCCUUUGCAUCUCCUGCAUCCUGAGCAAGACUCUAGUGGUGCUCGCAGCUUUUACAGCCACCAGGCCUGGCAACAACAUCAUGAAGUGGCUCGGACCCAAACAGCAGAGGGUCAUCAUCUUCGCUUGCACUUUAGUGCAGGUCCUCAUCUGUUCCAUGUGGCUCAUUGCUGCGCCUCCCUUCCCCUUCAAGAACACUCAGUACAGCAGAUCCAAGAUCAUCCUGGAGUGCAGCGUGGGUUCCGACUGGGCUUUCUGGUCGGUCCUGGGCUACAUUGGGCUUCUGGCCUGUCUCUGCUUUGUGUUGGCCUUCUUGGCUCGAAAGCUGCCGGGCAAUUUUAAUGAGGCAAAGUACAUCACAUUCAGCAUUCUGAUCUUCUGCGCUGUGUGGCUCGCCUUUAUUCCUGCCUAUGUGAGCUCACCUGGAAAAUUCACAGUGGCUGUGGAGAUCUUUGCUAUUCUCGCAUCUAGUUUUGGGUUGUUGUUAUGUUUGUUUGCUCCGAAAAGCUACAUAAUUUUAUUGAAACCACAGAAAAACACUAAGCAGCAUCUAAUGGGUAAAGUAAUAAAAUGA